ACUGAUAGGCGGCACUGAUGGGUGACACUCAGAUGGGCACUGAUAUGUGGCAUUGAUGUGCACUGGUAGGCACUGAUAUGUGGCAUUGAUGUGGCACUGAUGGGCACUGGCAGAGCUGGCACUGAUGGACACUGACAGGUGGCACUGCUGGGGCUACACAGAUCAUCAGGGCACACUGAUCAUCAGUGUUCUGAUGAUCAGUGUACAUGUCCCCUCCGAGGAAUCUCGUGAGGAGAGAAAUGCCGAUAACCAGCAUUUCCCAGUUUACAUACAAUCAGCUGUGAUUGGACACAGCUGAUCACAUGACUAAGCCGACAUCUUCGGC